ACCUUAUUAAACUGGUUCCCCAAUACCAGUUACUAGUUUACAAUAGACGAAGCAAGACCACAGAAUGGCUGCACCACCAAAAGGCAAGGGUUUUAUGGCAAAAGGGCCAAAUACAAUUGACCAAAGGUUUGCUGAAAGGCUUUUCAAGCAUAGCCAAGAAAGGGUACCAGAAUACUCGCGACUACACCCAGUUGUCCCACGUCUGUAUACACAGGAAUGGAAAACAGAUAUGAAAAACAGAAAUCUCAUUACCAAGAAUGCAGAGCUUGGAGGUAUUCCUCAUUAUGAACAUGAUGAAAAUCUCUUCCUGGACAAGCGGGAACAAAUGCAUUACAAUGUUGAGGAUCGCACAAGGAUAGAAUCCAAAUAUCCUCACAUGGACAGGGCUACUCUUCUCCGUCCGAAUUUCCAUCAUGAGACCUCUAAAUAUCAGAGUGAGCUAAUGUUCAGAAGAGAUGAAGAUUAUGUAGAGUCUGUUUAAAAAGAAAACUUUGUUGUACAUAUGUUCCUGUGGCUGAUUUUCAAAACUACUUCACACCUUGAUGUUUAAAAGGUUUAUUUGUUUAAAAAUAUCAUCACAUCUCAAAAUUUUAUCUCUCAUAACAUAUAUUUGCAGUCUUAGAUAUUGUAAUUAUUGUAUUUAUUUAUUAAUGCAAUAUAUUUGGUUAAUGGGAUUUUUUUUUACCAACACUGGUUUGGUGCUAGUCUAGUCUAGAGUCACAGCAGCAGCACAUCAGAUGGAAAGCUGUUGCAUAUGAUUAGAUUAGUAAGAUUACAGUAGUAGAGAAAACAUUUUGGAUUAAAUUCAGAAGCUCUAUUCAUUGAUUAGUGUGUAUGAACAAAGCCUAUUUGCACAAUACAGUAUUUUUUAAUAUCGAUGUAUUCUUUAACAAAACAUGAUAGUGUCUAUCAGUAUUCCAUUUUGUAUUUUGAAGUGCUCAAUGUAUUACUAUUAUUUUUAAAUGUUUUAUGACAAAUAUAUUUUUACUUCAUAAUACAAAUGUACCAUUAAUGGAUUUAUGGAGGUAAAUUUCCUAUGGGGAAAAUUAUAAGUUGAUUAAACCCUUAAUUGUUUUUAUGCUUGUUAUUGCUGUGAUAGUUUCAUUAUUUUUUUUAACAUUUUCAGUAUUAUCUGUUGAAUCUUUACUUUUACAUUAUAUUUAUUGCUGUGAAUUGUUAAAACUGGAGAAAAUAUUGUUUUACACCUAUUUUGGUGUAAUUUUAUCGUUUUAAGAAAUAUUCAAUAGUUUUUGUUUACAAAUGUCUUGAACAAAUUUUAAUGGUCUGAGUGCCAUCUUUUUUAAAAUUUUGAUUUAAUAACCAUAAAAUAUAUGCUGUAAAAAGUUUGUGUGUGUUUGUAAGCUUAUUGCUUUCUUCGAACAGACAAACAUCUCACAAAAUGUCUUUCAUUUUUUGGCUCUUUUGAUUUUAUCUUUCAUUUUGAUUUGUUUUGAAAAAAAUUGAUGCUCUUUUUAAAACAUUUACAUUUGUUGUUAUAUGUCAAUCAUGCAAGAGUGCUUAGUGACAAUAAAUGUUUAUGCACAUGUA